CCAAACUGGAGUGUCAGUGUGUUUUUCACAGGAUCCGGUUGUAGUAGUUAAACUUAGUAACAGAGAUGUUGCAGUUUCGGAAAGUAUAGCACGUGAAUGAUAUUUGGAUUUUAUGCGUUUGUUAUUAGUAAUGGGUUGUAUGUAGCGAAUGGUAUCAUCCGUCGUCCAAGAUGCUGGAGUCCUAUGUGACUCCAAUCUUACUUAGCUAUGUAAAUCGCUACAUAAAAAAUUUAAAACCUUCUGAUCUACAGUUGUCUUUAUGGGGAGGAGAUGUAGUUCUCAGCAAACUUGAAUUGAAGUUGGACGUAUUAGAACAGGAAUUAAAGCUACCAUUUACAUUCCUGAGUGGACAUAUUCAUGAACUGCGUAUCCAUGUACCAUGGACAAAACUAGGUUCAGAAGCUGUUAUCAUUACCAUCAACACCAUGGAAUGCAUAUUGAAGUUAAAGGAUGGAGCACAGAAUGACCAUGAAAGUUGUGGCUCUAGUUCAACCAACCGUAGCAUAAACGAGAGUGUAAAAUCAUUAGCAAAGCCUCGUCGGAUCCAGCAAACUGACCCUGAUCUACCACCAGGUUAUGUACAGAGUCUAAUUAGACGUGUUGUGAACAACGUCAAUAUUAUUGUCAAUAACCUCAUCUUGAAGUACGUGGAAGAUGACAUUGUUCUGUCUGUAAAUAUCACCUCUGCAGAAUGCUAUACUGUAGAUGAGUUUUGGGAUCGAGCUUUCAUGGACAUCUCUACACCUGAUCUAGUACUGAGAAAAGUCAUUAAUUUCUCUGAUUGCACUGUUUGCCUUGAUAAGAGGAAUGCGAGUGGGAAAAUUGAAUUCUAUCAAGAUCCUUUGCUCUACAAGUGCUCUUUUCAAACCCGUCUACAUUUUACGUAUGGCAACCUUAAUUCAAAGAUUCCAUCCGUCAUUAAGAUUCACACACUAGUUGAAAGCUUGAAGCUGUCCAUUACUGAUCAGCAACUCCCAAUGUUUAUACGCAUUAUGGAACUGGCAAUCGCUCUUUAUUAUGGGGAACUAAUCUACAAAGAUGCGGAUGGAGAAGAAAAUGGUUCCUGGGCUAAAGAAGCUUCACAACUUGUAGCAGGUGAUGAUGUGAAUCCCAGGAGUCAAGUACAGUAUUCAGGACAGCUUCAAAAUGUAGAAAGCACAACAAAGCAAACAGAAGAAGAUCAGCAGGGCUGGGUAUCAUGGGCCUGGUCCUUUGUUCCGGCUAUCGUGAGUUCAGGUGAUGACUACGAGGGCGAGUAUUACCCAGAGGAGGAGGAGUAUGAGGGCCAGCUGCAUGGUCAGAAAAGUAAACCUGCAAAGGAUCCAAUUAUUUCUGCAGGGUUCUACUGCAUGAAAGUAACAGUCACCUUCAAGCUCACAGAAAUGCAAGCUGAAAGCAGUUACUACAGCCCUCAGAAAGUGAAAUCCAAGGAAGUGUUAUGCUGGGAGCAAGAAGGAACUACAGUUGAGGUCCUUAUGAUGGGAGACCAUUUCUUUGACUGUCAGGUUGGAUUUGUCGGUUGCAAAUGUUUUUGUCUUAAAGGAGUUAUGGGAAUUAAAGACUUUGAGGAUAAUGUGAACGAAGCUGAAACAGAGGCCUGUUUCUUCAGAUGCGGGGAAAGUUUGAGCAGUAAAGGGAUGACUUAUCUUACCAACUCCCUAUUUGACUAUCGAAGCCCAGAAAAUAAUGGUGUUCGUGCAGAAUUUAUUUUGGAUGCAGCACAUCACAAGGAGACAUACACAGAAAUAGCUGGCAUGCAGCGGUUUGGAGCUUUUUACAUGGAUUACCUUUAUACAGCGGACAGCAGCACUGAGAAAGGUCCAGGUAAUCAGCCAGAUGUUUCAUCUGUGAAAAGUGAAGAUCUUGGCACCCUCCAGGAAAUGUCUGCAAAACGCCUUAUCAUUGGUUCACUUGAUCUUCGAUUAGAUAGCAGUGCAGUCCACAGGAUAUUGAAAAUGGUGGCGUGUGCCGUUGACCAUGAAUAUGAAGCAUACAGUAGACCAAAACCAGUUAUUGUGGAUGAAAACCGACCACUGCCAACUCCAGAAGAAGUGAUGUCCUUGGAAGAAUAUAUUCCAACUCGCCUGACGUGUAUUACAGUGCUCAAGAGUAGCAUUUCCUUCACUAUGGCUGAGUUCAACUUGCUGGAUCAUUUGCUGUCUGUCAUUAUGGGUCAAAAGAUAUCAUCUCCUUCAGUGAGUGCCCUUAAUAUUCAGCAUUUAAGACCCCUGCCUGCUGUUAGAAUUCUUGUGGAUAAGGUCAUCCUGGAACAUUCUGUGCCGAUGUAUGAUGAGCAGUUAGUGCCAGUGGUCAGCAGCCUUAGCCAACCUUCUGAUAAUCUCCUGCACCAUUGCUAUGCACACUGCUAUCUUAAGAUGUUUGGUUUCCAGGCAGGAUUGAUUUGCUUGGAUAGUGGAAGAUCAUUUCUAGCAACUGCACCAGUAAUCCCAUCUUUUAGCACUGCACUUUAUGGAAAACUGCUAAGGCUUCCUAUGUACUGGAGCAAACGACCAUUUGUUCAAGUUACUGAAUGCAUCUUUGAACUUCCAAAUCUGACACUACAAGCAACUAGGGCCCAAACACUUCUUUUGCAAGCUAUCUACGAGAGCUGGUCAAAUAUGAGUAACAUCACUACUCCAGCAUUGAAUGAAGAUUUACUCAACGAUAUCUUUAAGCAGUCAGGUGUGAAAUCGCUGAAUUUACCAGCAGCUCUCGAGGGUUCAAUCCAGAAUGUUGAAUUAAAAUACUGCAGCACCUCUUUGGUCAGAUGUGCCGCUGGGACUGUGGGAUCCAUAAAAAUAUGUGGCAAAGCCCCAGGUGAUGGUGGCAAGGACCGAUUAAUACCAUUAGUUCAGGGUCCUUCAGACACCAAAGACCUUCACAGAAGCAAAUGGCUCAAUGAAAGCAGAAAGCUAGAGUCCCUUUUGGCUCCGGAUCUAAUUGCCUUCACAGUCCAGGUUCCUCAGCAUAUGGAUAAUUGUCAUAAUUCUGGUGCUGUAUUGCUUGCUAGUGUCCAAGGAGUGGCAGUGAAUAUAGACCCGGUUUUCUACACAUGGAUUCUUUACCAACCUCAGCGGCGAACCAGCAGGCACACACAGCAACACCAUGUGGGAACUAUUCCUCUUGGUAUACCAGUUGCAAGGCGAAAGGAGGAUGAGGUGUCGGCUGGAAGUGCGUGUUUGGCAAGACAGCAGUCGAAUCAGGCAUCUGAGUAUGCUAGCAGCCCUGUCAAAACAAAAACUGUAACAGAAUCUCGUCCUCUGUCAUUGCCUGCUAAAGUCACUCAGCAAUCACCAGAUGGGUGGAUGAGCUCUGAGGAGAGAAUGAAAGAGUUUAUUGGACUUGUGUGGGAUGCAGUGAAGCGACUUACACUGCAGCUUGAAGUUCAGUCCUGUUGUGUUUUUUUCCCUAAUGAAAGUCUGCCAUCUCCAAGUACGAUUGUAUCAGGGGACAUUCCUGGAACUGUACGAAGUUGGUAUCACAGCCAAGCUAGCAUGCCAGGGACUCUGGUUCUUUGCCUCCCGCAAAUAAAAGUGAUGAGUGCAGGGCAUAAAUACAUGGAACCGCUACAGGAAAUUCCAUUUGCUGUCUCGAGGCCCAUCCUUGAGGAAGGUGAUGCUUUUCCAUGGGCAAUUAACCUGCAUCUCUUCAGUCUGUAUACUCUACUGGGACCACAGAAAGCAUUACAUUUGGUAGAACCAAUGAGCUGCACAUCGACUUUGGCUGUUACUUCUCACAAAAUGCCAACAUCAGGACCUGACUCCAGACACUCAUUUGUUGUUUGUCUCCAUGUAGACCUUGAGUCACUAGAGAUAAAGUGCUCAAACCCCCAGGUUCAACUGCUGCACGAGCUAAUUCAACGUCUGGAUACUACGUGGAGUAGAAUCCAAAAGAGGAGUGUUCUGCGCCAGUCUGCUGUUUACUCAGAAUCCUUGGCGGGCCCGGCACCCAGCUCUCCAGUUAGAAGCAGUGUAGGAACAGCUCCAGUUGACACCAGCACUUGUAGCCCUUCAGCUGAUAUUGGAACCACAACUGAGGAUGGCUCCCUGCAGGCUGGGGAUGACAGUCCAUUUUCUGACUCUGUUACUCUCGAACAGAAAACAAACAGCAUUGGAGGAUCAGCUGGGCAUGUCAGUCUGUGGAUGCAGUGGAUGUUGCCAAAAGUUACUUUGAAGUUAUUUGCACCAGAGCCUGGAAAGAAAGGUACAGAAGUCUGUGUCAUCAGUGAAUUAGAAGAUCUAAGUGCAUCAGUAGAUGUCCAAGAUGUUUAUACAAAGGUGAAGUGUAAAAUAGGGAGCUUCAAUAUUGACCACUACAGGAGGAGCCUUGGGGAAGACAUCUGGUCUCUGGGGCAGUUUGGAGGUGUCUUCCUCUCUUGCACUGACAAGUUGAACAGACGCACCUUAUUGGUUCGACCCAUCAGCAAGCAGGAACCUUUCAGUCAUUUCUCUGGCUUCUAUCCUCCUGCAGCUGCAAAGCUUUUAGAUGGUUCACAUCAACAGCAUGGAUUUCUUUCAGUCACGUACACCAAGGCUGUGACAAAAAAUGUGAGGCACAAACUAACAUCAAGAAGUGAGCGAGGUUCCCGAAGUUUGCACAAGUUGUCCGAAGGUUUGGUCGAUAGUUCUCCCCAGUUCCUUCAUGAGAUCCUACUUUCUGCACAGCCAUUUGAUAUAGUUUUAUAUUUUCCUGUGCUCAACACUAUGGCAAGCAUAUUUCAAGCGAAGGUGCCAAGGAGACAAAAGGAAAAGAGGAAGUCUUCUGGGCAGCCCAUGAGAAGUCAUGCAUUGACCUCACGCAGCAUGCCACUGAUUUACCUGAACACGAGUGUUAUCAGAGUCUUCUUCCCAAGUGCUGAAGAGAAGCAACACAAUGAAAAUGAUCCCAUGAAAGAAGAUACCUUGGUUCUCAAAAUUGGCUCCAUCUGCAUGGCUCCACAGGCAGACAAUCCUCUGAGCAGAAUAGUCCUUAGAAAAGACAUUUACCAGAGAGCAGUAAAUUUAGGAAUAGUGCGGGAUCCAGGCUCUGAGGUUGAAGACAGGCAGUACCAAAUUGAUAUGCAGUGUAUGAACAUUGGCACAGCGCAGUGGGAACAGUUAAAACCAGAGAAAGAAGGAGUUAAAGGAAGAGAGCUGGUGGACAGUGAGAGAAAUUCUCAAAAUCCUGCACUUGAGUGGAACAUGGCAAGCAGCAUAAGACGGCACCAGGAGCGACGAGCAAUUUUAACUCCUGUCCUGACAGAUUUUUCUGUGAGAAUCAUUGCUGCCCCUGCCAUUGUUUUCACAAAGCUGAUUUCCCCAGAAAAUUUACAGAUAGAGGAAAUAGUAGUGUGUGGACAUUCUUUGGAAGUGAACGUGACCACAAGCUUGGACUUCUUCCUUAGUGUGGCUCAAGUGCAGCUUCUACAACAGCUAGUCCAAAUCAGUAUGGUGGGUCUGGAGUCACCAGAUAAAGCCACUGAGGUGUAUAAGCAGGAACAAUGGAAAACUGAUAGCUCUGAGCGAGGCACAGUCGAUAGCUCUUCACGCCAUAGUGGCGCACAGGACAGUGGCAUUGGCAGUGACAGUGCAAGGAUAAGAAUAGUUCAAAUCGAGCAGCAGAGUGGUACCCAUCGUCAUCGUAUUGCUCAACCUUCACAGCAGUCUUCUAUUGUGAAAAACUUGAAUUUCAUUCCUUUUGAUAUAUUCAUUACUGCAAGUCGAGUAUCAUUGAUGACAUAUUCUACUACUGCUGUAUCCAGCUGCAGAACUUUACAGGACCAAAAAGAUAGUAAUAAAACUGGCAGGAGUGCUUUAAAUAUUCCUGAAAUGAUGUCAGACAGUGACAGUGGUGCUAAAUUUGAUGUACUGGGCAUUUCAGUACUAACGGCUGAAGAUCUUACCAGUAGCAGUGCCUCUUUGGUCACUGGGAGGAGAAAUAGUCACCUUUCUUUAGAAAGCCUUCAUACUCCUGUUAGAUCUUCAGCUCGACAAGCCCUUGGUGUUACUGUUGUUCGUCAGCCUGGACGCAGAGGUAUUGGUGAAGUGCAGCUGGAGCCUUUUGUGUACCUGAUUAUAUCACAACCAUCUGUGCUUUUGAGUUGCCAUCAUAGAAAGCAAAAGGUGGAACUUUCAGUAUUUGAUGCUGUACUUAAGGGGGUAGCAACAGAUUAUAAUUGUACAGAUCCUGGGAAGACAUUGCCAGAAGCCCUUGAUUACACAGCACUUUGGUUGCAAACUGCAGCAGGAGAAGUAGAUUCCAAAACUGGCAUCCCUCCACCUCUAUUGUCACUCCAUAUCAGGGACUUCCUCAGUGGACCAGUGGAAAUUGGUUUAAAACUCUCAAGACCGUUGAAGGCCAGUCUGAGCCUAGAUAGGGUGGACCAAGUAGUUAAGUUUAUAAAGAAAAUUCAUAUGCUUAACGAACAUGAAACAAGUAUGAGAACUUCACCACCUUCAGAAAUCCAAGGGAAAAAAGAAGAUGCAGUCUCAUCAAGAUCUUUAAUUAAGGGUGACACUAGCCUUUUGAUGGUGCAGGCAUGUGAGACACAGGAUGUCCUUUGUCAGCGAAGCCUUUGGGGCACCAUUGUCUGCUUUAACAAGAUUACUGUCCACACUGCUCAGAUUGUUAUCAGUAUGGAGACUGUGCCUCAUAUAAAUAGGCCCUGCUUGUUGCUGUCUUUGACCAGCAUGAAGGGGAUUGUCAGCAUAAAGACAGGACCCAAAACUGCAGAUACAGUUCAGAUGAUCGCGUUGGUAAUUGAGGCAAAUAAUUUACUACUUAAGACAAAUCUGAAAAACAGAACCAGAGCUUUGGUAGGACCAUUUUGUUGUACAGCAAACACUGAAGCUAAGUGGUGCAGACACAGUGGCAACCAUGGCUCUCAACACUUUUCCCCCAAAGUGUUGGUGGAUUUGAAAGGCGGUCUUAUCCAGGUCUUCUGGGGUCAAGAACAUUUGAACUGUCUGACACUCCUUUAUGAACUUCUGAAAGGAUAUCUGAAGGCAGAAGGGUGGAAUGAAGUGCAAACUUCAGAUCGAACACAUGUACAUUCUUCCAGCCUGGGAAUAUUCCAAGCCUCCAAAGCUGAGCAUACAUCAGAUGAUCUGAGAACAGGUCUAUUUCAGUACAUACAGAAUGCUGAAACAGAGAAGGUUCCUGGUGCAUAUGAAGUAUUUUUUUACAAUGAAACGGAUGAUGGUCCUGGGAUGAUGGUAUGGCGCUAUCCAGAGCCUCGCGUACUAACACUUGUUCGAAUAAAUCCAGUUCCAUUCAACACUACUGAGGACCCAGAUAUCAGCACAGCAGACUUGGGUGAUGUUCUUGAGGUACCAUGCAGCCUGGAAUACUGGGAUGAGUUGCAACAGUCAUAUGUUGCAUUCAGAGAGUUCAGUCUGUCUGAGAGCAAAGUGUGUGAGCUGCAGCUCCCCACCAUUACGCUAGCAAAUGAUCAGAAAGAACUAAUUGCAUCUGACCUUUGGAGAAUUGUACUGAACACUAACCAGGACGUGGCUGAUGAACAAAGCUCAGAAAGUGAGUCUGGCUCACAGAGCAUCUGCGAUCAGCUAGUAUCUCCAACUGCAUUGGCUGCCUGCACUAGGGUGGACUCCUGCUUUGCCCCGUGGUUUGUACCUUCGUUGGGCAUUUCAGUACACUUUGCACAUGUAGAGCUCCAUCUCUGCCAUCAUCUUGAACACCUGGGAUUAGCACCAUCAAAACAUCUGCAGCCAUUUGUCUCUGAUAAGAAACUGCCACUAGAACAAGAAUAUAUGGUGGUUUCAUUGCGAAGUCCACAUCUGUAUCUUCGGCAGUGGAAUAGUGGCUCAGUUUGCAGGGAAUUUCAGCUGUCCACAGAGCUAGACUGCAGGAUCCUUGAGUACCGCAACCUGACUUUGCAGAGCUUGGUCAAGCCUUUUCUUCUCCAUGGACAAGUGGCGCUUUCCAACAACAUGCUGGAGCAACUAGCAGAUGGCAACAUAUUUGUAGACCCGUUAGUUCUCAGUGUUGGGCAAUAUGCUGUUCAUACCCUUCAGACAGCACUUCGAGCUUGGCAGCAGAACCAACACCCUGAAGCAGAAGAAUUGGUCUUCAGCCAUUUUGUGAUCUGUAAUGACACACAGGAGACACUGCGGUUUGGUCAAGUGGAUACUGAUGAAAAUAUUCUGCUGGCUAGCUUCCACCAUCACCAGUACAGCUGGCGUUCCCACAGGUCCCCACAGCUACUGCACAUCUGUAUUGAAGGCUGGGGUAAUUGGCGGUGGUCUGAACCAUUCAGUCUGGAUAAUGUUGGGACAUUCAUCAGAACAAUCCAGUACAAGGGUAGAACAGCAUCACUCAUCAUUCGAGUUCAUCAAUUUAAUGGAGUGCAGAAACAAGUCAUCAUCUGUGGAAGACAGGUGAUCUGUAGUUACCUUUCCCAGGAUAUUGAGUUGAAGGUAGUUCAGCACUGUAUAGGACAAGAUGGACAGACAGUUGUUAAAGAGCAUGCUGACUGCCUUGCCUCCAAACAGAGGCUGCCAUCAUAUGUGUUGGAAAACACAGAGCUUAUAGAACUUUGUGUGAAAGCCAAGGGAGAGGAGGAAUGGUCAAGGGAUGUUUAUCUGGACACCAACGUCAGUGAGGACAGCACAGUUAUUCAGGUACCAUCUUCAAAUAACUCCAUCCUGUAUGUGUGGUGUACAAUUCUUACAUCAGGACAUGGCUCACAAGUGCAGCAAAGACUGAUUAUUUUCAGCCCUCUGUUUAUUAUGAGGAGCCAUCUUCCUGAUCCUGUUUUUAUCCAUCUGGAAAAAAGGAGUUUGGGUCUGAAGGAAUCUCAGCUUAUACUGGGGCAAGGACAUGAAGAGGCUCUGCUUAGCACCGAACCAGAGAUGACACACCACUUGACAUUCCAAGCAAGGGACAAAGAUGCUGCAUGCCAAUGUGCUGUUCCCAUUUCUACAACUCUUAUUAAACAGAUUGCUACAAAGAAGCAAGGAACAGGGAGUUCGGACCAAAUCCUCUCAGAAUUCUAUGCAACAGACAGUUCUUCGCAGCUUCCUUGGCCAUACAACAAAAAGCUCUCAAACAGGAGCAGUGAGCAGCUAGCUCAGUGGGACAGCCCCAUGCAAGUUAAGCUCUCCAUGUGGAAGCCAUGCCUUAACACUCUGCUUAUAGAAGUCUUACCUUGGGCUCUUCUUAUCAACCAGUCUAAAUGGGACUUGUGGCUUUUUGAAGGAGAGAAAAUUGUUUUGCAAGUCCCUUCUGGAAAAAUAAUCAUACCACCUAAUUUCCAGGAAGCAUUUCAGCUUGGUAUUUAUUGGGCCAACACUAAUACAGUUCACAAGUCAGCUGCAAUAAAAUUGGUCCAUGAUGUCAUGUCUCCAAAGUGGAAGGAAGGAGCAAGCACAGAGAUUGUCACUUUGGAUGAAGAAGGAUAUGCAGAGGCGGAAAUCAAGCUGGGUGCAUUCCCAGGUCAUCAGAAGCUCUGCCAGUUUUGCAUUUCCUCAUUCGUUCAGCAUGGAAUUCAGAUUUUGCAAAUUGAGGACCAGACGGUUAUAGUGAAUAAUACUUCAUUUGAUGUUUUCUAUCAGCCACUGAUAACUGCAUCCUUGCAGGCCACAGAUGAUGAGUAUACAUGCACGCCAGAUAGUACUGUGUUUAGCAUAAGCCCAGCUGUGGGAAAGGCUAAGCCAAGUUCUGUUCCUUGUUGGGACCUUCUGUUCAACACCACUCAGUCGGCUGAAGAUGUUUCGCUUCCACACAAGUACAUGCUGCUGAGUCUUGCUCCAGGCGUGGAUGCUGCCAAUUCCCAGUACUGGACCUUGCCAGUUAUGAUUAGACAAGAUUUUCCAAGACAGACUGUGGCCGUACCCAUUGGGGACUUAAAUGAAAAUGGAUUUUGUACCAGAGCUGUGGUACUGACCUAUCAGGAGCACCUCGGUGUGACAUAUUUAACCUUGUCAGAAGACACAAGUCCACGUAUCAUUAUCCACAACAGAUGUCCUGUCACACUGCUUAUGAAAGAAAAUCUUAAAGAUGUACCAAAAUUUCCAGUUUAUUGUCAGAGGAUUCCAGCAGAUUCAUCACUUACUCAUGAGUUAUAUUACCAGGUGUCCAGUUUUCCAGAUUGCAGGGUCAGAGAUGCACUUCCCAGCAUCCUCUUGAAAGCAUUAAUGUCCUCUGAAGAACCCGAGGAUUGGAGUGACUCCAUUGAUAUAAAUAACCCAGGUACACAGGUUGUUUUUUUACCUAGUUAUGGAUGCCUGUAUGUAGACAUUACUUAUCACUGCAGUACCAUGAGCAUAACCCUCGCACCAGAAGGACGAGCAGGGCCUGUCUUGACCAGCCCUCACAGGAACUUGAAACAGACUUUUGCCUUCAGAAUGCUUAUUUCUCAGGCAAGCCUUAUGGUAAAUGAUGACAUCACAAAUCAGAAGGUAUCGUCUGAGUUACUGAGACUUACCCUGGAUAAUGUCCUCCUGAAUAUGGCACCAAUGACAACCCCUCUUAAAUCCUCCACUCUGGAAUUUCGAAGUGAAACAGUAGAAGGUCAUUCAGAAAUGUAUUCACUGGAGAUGUAUUGUGGAGACUUACAGUUGGAUAAUCAGUUGUACAGCAAAUCUAGUUUUCACUUCCCAGUUCUGCUCUGUCAGGAAAAUAAGUCUGAUUGCUCCCUGUGGUCCAAAGGAUGCAGCUUGAAAGAUUUUGAAAUUCACAAACAGAGUUGUUUCUUAAAAGUUUGCAUUACUCUGUCACAAAGACAGAGUUUCACAUUUGACAUUAAUGAUGUUGACUUUAUUUUGAAACCAGCUAGGCUGUAUUUGGAGGACACAUUUGUCUAUUACCUUAAAACGUUAUUUCAUACCUACCUCCCAGAUAGUACUCUGGGCAGUCAUUUUGACACUCUGCGAGACUCAGCAACUUUGUUUUGUCUUCCUGAUCAAGUCAAGCAGCACACAGUUGCAUUAGUAAGUCCUGUGAGACUGCAGAAACUAAGAGUACACCCCGUGCACCUGUUGGUUAGUAUCCAUGCUUCACUUAAGUUGUACAUCGCUUCGGAUCACACUCCACUCUCUUUCUCGGCUUUUGAAAGAUGUGGCAUUUUCACCACUGCCAGACAGCUUAUCCAUACCCUCGCUAUGCAUUAUGCUGCAGGGACUCUCUUCCGAGCAGGCUGGGUUGUUGGCUCUUUGGAAAUUAUUGGAAGUCCAGCUAGUUUAGUGAGAAGCAUCGGUAAUGGAAUUGCUGACUUCUUUAGGCUUCCAUAUGAGGGCUUAACUAGAGGACCUGGAGCAUUCGUCAGUGGUGUUUCAAGAGGAACAACGUCAUUUGUAAAGCACAUCUCCAAAGGCACAUUAACUUCUAUCACCAACUUAGCAACAAGCCUGGCUCGAAAUAUGGACAGACUUUCUUUGGAUGAAGAGCACUAUAACAGACAAGAAGAAUGGCGAAGACAACUCCCAGAAAGCCUGGGAGACGGACUUCGGCAAGGUCUUUCUCGACUGGGUAUUAGUCUUCUGGGUGCUAUUGCUGGUAUCGUAGAUCAACCAAUGCAGAAUUUUCAGAAAACAUCAGAAGCUCAUGCAUCAGCUGGACAUAAGGCCAAAGGAGUAAUUUCUGGUGUGGGAAAAGGAAUUGUGGGAGUGUUUACCAAACCUAUUGGAGGAGCAGCUGAACUGGUAUCACAGACUGGCUUUGGUAUUUUACAUGGAGCUGGACUUUCUCAACUUCCCAAGCAACGCUUCCACCCUGUAGAGCAACGCACUGACCAGGCCCAGAACAGCCAUGUCAAAUAUGUCUGGAAAAUGCUUCAGUCGCUUGGGAGGCCAGAAGUCUUUAUGGCAUUGGAUGUUGUCAUUGUCUCUGGUUCAGGGCAGGAACAUGAAGGAUGUCUUUUGCUAACAAAAGAAGUGCUGUUUGUAGUAAGUGUCAGUGAAGACACUCAACAACAGGCAUUUCCAGUCACUGAGAUUGAGUGUGUAGCAGACUCCUUAAAAGAAAAUGUGCUGAACGUGGUGCUGAAACAUCAAAGGGUGCCCAGUGAAUCAGAGGUUGAUGGUACAAGGGAGAGACUUUCAGAACAGCAGUAUAAUCGACUUGUAGAUUUUGUCCAGAAAACAUCUCAUCAUCUGAUUCCGGGCAUUUCAGCUGUCCAGAUGUCUUCACAAGUUGUAGCUGCUGAGCCCCCUCCGGCUACAGUUAAGACGUAUCAUUACAUGGUUGAGCCUCACUUCUCUCACAUUUUUGUCAGCAAAUUCAACAUGGUGAAAAAUAAGGCACUACGGAAAGGCUUCUACUAACUCAGAUACACUUUUUUUGCACAGACACCUGCAAAAAUCAGGUACCUCUGUUGGAUGUACUGUGCUUAACAACCUGCUGCUAUGACUAAGAAUGUGGUUGUACUUUAACCCCUUACCAAUAAGUUAAAGAACAGGAACUGGGAUUUUUCUGUUUAUAUUUGAAAUACUAAGAGCACAACUAUCCAUUUACAUAACCACUCCUAUGGACAAAUGGAACGAGAGACUGCAUGUGUAUGUCAUUAUGAAGCAUCUGAGAUGAGGGCCUUUCCUGAAAUGCAUCAGGAAACAGCUUCACUGUGUUUACAUUGUUUUCUUGCACAUUAGUUUUUGUGCACUCAUUGUAAAGAAAGUACACUAACAAUUACAUCACUUGCAUUUGCAAACACACUGCCUUUAUUCAGUGGAAAAUUUGUCCUGUUCAGAUGCUUAACUAUCUAAAGAUCAUGUGACAUAGCUCUCUUCUUGGUAAGUUUACACUUAAGACUGGUAGUAAGCAAUGUAAUACUGGUUGUUUGCACUAUUUAUAAGAGUGCCCCAAAUAAUGCUAAGUUUAGAUAUUGAACUAAAAUCUUUGUAAGUAGUUUCAUAGAUGGGAAUUAUUUUGACUUUACAAACAAAAAU